AUCGCGCGGCGCGGCGACUGGCCGUACUCUCAGUCCGGAGCCCGAGUCGCGGAGUUGUCGUUCCUCUCUUUAGGCCCCCGUGAGCCAGCGAGCCCAAAAUUUCUCCGAGUGUUUUCCGAGGCAGCCAGCAUCAGGAGUCGGCAGAUCGCCAAUCCACCCGUCGCAGGAUCGACCGUUUGACAACCCGAAUCUCGUGUCGCACACGUUUCGCCGUCGUGUCAGGAGAUAUAAGCGCGCGCGCUUAAAAUAAACGGCGUUCGCCGGACUCGCGUACGGCCACACUUGCUCACACCGGAUCGGGAGAGGAGGGCGAGCCUGUUAUAUCGUGUGUGAUCAUCCGCUGGAGACGGCGUCAACGAGAAAAGAACAAACAAAAUGUCGGACCGAAAAGCAGUAAUCAAGAAUGCUGAUAUGUCAGAGGAGAUGCAGCAAGAUGCUGUUGAUUGUGCCACUCAAGCUCUCGAAAAAUAUAACAUUGAAAAGGAUAUUGCAGCAUUUAUCAAGAAAGAGUUCGAUAAAAAGUACAAUCCAACGUGGCAUUGCAUUGUAGGACGUAAUUUUGGUAGCUACGUGACGCACGAAACAAGACAUUUUAUCUAUUUCUACCUGGGUCAGGUAGCCAUCCUCCUCUUUAAGAGCGGGUAAACUUGUUUUGCUAUUUCUCCUAAACGUCCUUUUUCCUUCUUCUCUUUCUCCCUUGCUCACUAUGCAAAAUACAUACAUUUAAAAUCACCGUCAUGUGUAAAAGAAACUUCAUUACUCAUUAUGUACACAUUGAGAAAUUUGUUUAAAAAAAAAACACCUGCUCCGGAUAAGCAAAUGAAGAGAAAUAUCAAUGUUUGAUAUAUUGUUUGUCGUUACGUAUGUGGAAGGAUAAUCCGAAAAAUAAUUCUAAGAAGACACAGUCGAAGGGUAGGGAGAUAAACUUGGGGAAAAAAAAGAAGAAAAGAAUGACAUACAACCUUACAUGUUAAAAUGUAUUUUGUAUGCCAAGAAGUUUGUUGUGUUCUUGUUUUAUAUUAUUAGGUAAAUAUGCAGAAUACGGUUAAGUUCAAUACUGGCGAUUUUAACUUAGUAAAAUUUUAGCAUAAUUGUUUAACGUAUAGUGUUCGAUUGACACUAAAUGCAUUGCAUAUUUCGCGUUGAAUGGGUUUGCAUCAGAGUUGUACCCUCCUGAGACUAUAUAACUGGAAGUACAUGGUAUCCGUUAAGUAAUCGCCAAUAAUGAAUGUAAGCCCGAGAUUGAUUGCCCCUGCAAUUGUUAUUUUAUAUUAAUUGGUAACCGUUGUCGUCUCCUACGUACUGCAUACUGAUUAACUUGAUUUUGUAUUUGCUAUACAACUGCGACUGACAUUUUUUUUUUGUUAGAAUUAAGAAUUCUCAAAAUGAUUGAACGGAAAAGGAAAAAAAAGGAGCUCAAUCUCUCUAUCGACGUGCGAUAAUCAUCGUACACGUACUCUAUUAAUAACUUUAUUUCGAUCAGAUAUAAAACUAACAUGCUAUUGAAUAACAA